AUGUAAGUGUAACCUGUUGUUUCAAAUACUUAAGGCGAAAACGUGCUAAGGAUGAAAGAAAGUAUAUGUGCAGUGAUUAUGGUUUUAUCAGCCGUUGCUAUGGUAGCAACAGGACUAAUUUGUCAGUAUCCUCCUUGUAACUUGGUAAAGUGUAAUAUAGUAGAUCGGGAUAAUUGUCAGGGAACUGUACGGAUGGGUGGGGGUUACUGUGGAUGUUGUGAAGCCUGUUUUACGGAAGUCGGUCUUGGUGAAUCAUGUGGGAAUAAGGAAUAUGAGGAUUCUCUCUAUUACCCACCCACUAUUCUAUGUGGACAAGGUCUACACUGCGAGUACAACUCCUCAACAUGUGAGCAAAUUCCAGGCUACAAUCUUGGCUGAAUUAUACCUGUAGAUAUAUAAAUCUAAAUAAUAUACAUGAAAAUUAA